CAUCAUUCAUAACGUAUGUCAAACAACGUAGUCAUGGCGCAUUUGUUGUACUUGUCCACUUCCUUGCCAUACACUCUAUGAUUAUGGAAAGCGACCUAGUUGAAAACAUCGCCUCAGAUGUUCUUUUCAAUACCGACCUUCUGGCUAUAAUCUGCCAAAACCUCUGGGAUACUGUGAAGACAGGUGGCUGUCCGGUUGCUCCCAACGGGAAUCGCGUCCACCCCCUUGUAUCUCUAGCUUUGACGUGCCAGACUGUGUCAUCACUAGCGCUGGACACGCUAUGGAGAGAUAUCCAAGCUUACAGGUUUCAGCCAAUCCUACGCAUUUUCCCCCCUGCGUCUUCAGGGAAUCUGCAGGUACUUCCAGAAGAUAUCCCUGACAAGACAUGGGUCCGUUUCUGGCAGUAUGCAAGUCGUAUUCGAUGCAUCGCAUUUGAUCCCACUAGUUGUGCCUGCUUCUCUUCGACUGUAUUUCUCCGCCUAGCUGAGUAUCAAACUCCCAUAUUUCCCAAACUGCAACAUCUGAAAAGUGACGCAUCUUUUGCGGCUUCUCCUUCCAUUCUUUUCUUCCUCCCUGCGAAACCACUGAACGAGAUACAGCUGACGUUCCGUGGUUCGACAGACAUCACGACGUCGUCAACGUGUAUGCGGGCCAUCAAAUGGCGAGUACCUGCCUUGCAAACACUCCACAUUUCUUGUCCAGAGUUCGACAAUGGCCAAUAUUAA